AUGAGCAUCGCGAAGUCAGGCUUGGAUCCACUUUUUGCGCUUGUUUCCCACUCAGUGGAGGUCAUCGAGACGAAUUUCUACAAACUUCCUGGUUCCGCAGUUAUCGCUCGCUAUGUCAGGGAAUCCCAUCGAGACGAUCCGGGUCGGACGCUUCUCGAGGUCAUCCUCAUCAUCUUUGCCAUCAGGACACUCCUGCAAUCGCGUACACAUGGAGAAUCCCAAAGCAAACACUUCAUUAAAUUUGACGAACAUGAAAUUGACGAACUAGUUCACGAAUGGACGCCUGAGCCGCUUGCCCCGGCUCUCGAUGCCACUGAGCAAGCUGAUCUCGACGCGGUUUCCAUCAUUUCGGGUCCCACAGGUCCCAAGCCUAAGCUCAAUAAUGGCAAAACAGUACUCAAUCUUGCAAGCUACAACUUCUCUGGACUUUCUGGGAACGCGGAAAUUAAAGAGCGCUGCGUCGAAGCUCUUCGUAAAUUUGGUUUGGGUAGUUGCGGUCCUCCCGGUUUCUACGGUAACCAAGGUGUCCAGAUUCAGGCGGAACAGGACAUUGCAGAUUUUUUAGGUACAGAAGGUGCUAUUAUGUACGCGCAGGCAUUCUCGACGAUUAGCUCGGUCAUUCCAGCCUUCUGCAAACGUGGGGAUAUCAUCGUCGCCGACCGUGGUGUGAACUUCGCAAUCCAGAAAGGACUACAGAUCUCGCGGUGUACGGUGCGCUGGUACGAUCACAAUGACAUGGACAGCUUAGAGCAUGUACUCCAAAGCGUGGAGAAAGAGCACAUCAAGCGCAAGUCUCCUCUUACUAGGCGGUUCAUUGUCACCGAGGGUAUCUUCGAUCAAGAUGGUGCUAUGUCUGAUCUUCCGAAGUUGGUUGAGCUGAAGCUCAAGUAUAAAUACCGCAUAAUUCUCGACGAGAGCCUAUCAUUCGGAAGCGUGGGGCGGACUGGCCGUGGGCUCACUGAGCUCUACAACGUUCCAGCGUCCCAAGUAGAUAUGCUCGUAGGUUCUGCUGCCACUGGGCUUGUAGCAUGCGGUGGCUUCUGUGCUGGUUCCGACGUUGUGGUCAGACACCAGCGCAUUAACGGUACUGCGUACGUGUUCUCGGCCUCCAUGCCGCCGAUGAUGGCCGUAGCUGCUUCAGAGUCUAUCAACAUUUUGCGCAACACCCCAUCCCUGAUGAGUACGCUGCAAGAGAACGUUCGGGCAGUUCGCGCUAUCCUCGACAAGGUGGACUGUAUCACCAUCCCAUCCCAUCCUGCAAGCGCCAUUAUUCACAUCAAACUUGGCCCCUCGUCUGUACCUGCGCCUCCGAUGACACCCAUGACUCCGAUGACGCCUGCGUCACCAUCACGACAUUCCAAGCCGACAUCCGUCCAGCCGCGCGAUGCACCACAGUUCGAUGCAACAGAAGAAGAGCGAUUGCUCCAAGAGAUUGUUGAAGAUGCUCUUGCACAGGGCGUCCUGAUUACACGAGCGAAAAGACUGCGCGGACAGGAACUCAUCGAGGUUCGCCCGAGCAUACGGCUGGCGGUCAGCGCUGCCAUGUCGCGUAAGGACUGUGAGAAGGCUGCGAGCGUCGUCAAGGCGUCCUGCAUUAAGGUGCUCAACAAGCGGCGAUAG